AUGAAGUUCGGCGCGACGUCUCUGACCGCUGCCGCGCUGGCGCUGGCCGGCGAGGCCCUCGCCGCCGCCAGCAAGCCCAACAUCGUGGUCAUCAUGACCGACGACCAGGACGCGCGCCUGGGGUCGACCGACGUGCAGAAGCACGUGCAGAAGCUCAUGGCCGAGGGCAUGACGCUGCAGAACCACUUCGUCACGACGGCGCAGUGCUGCCCGAGCCGCACGUCGUACCUGCGCGGGCAGGCGGCGCACAACACCAACCUGACGCACGUCCGGGCCCCCGGCGGCGGCUGGGAGAAGUUCACCGCCAUGGGCCAGGACAAGGACUACCUGCCGCACUGGCUCAAGAAGGCCGGGUAUCAGACCGAGUAUCUCGGCAAGAUCAUGAACGGGUACAACAUGGCGACGUAUGCGCCCAAGCCUCUUGGCUGGGACCAUACAGAUAUCCUCUUGAACCCGUACACGUACGAAGCGAACAACGUUGUCACUUCCAUCAACGGCGAGCGGCCCGUCUUCUACAGAGGAUUCCACCAAACAGACGUCUUCCGAGCCAAGGCCCUCGCCCGCAUCGAGCACCUGACGUCCCUGGACAAGCCCUUCUACAUCCAGAUCGCCCCGACGGCGCCGCACACGCAGAGCGACGGGCCCGUCGUGCCCCUCGAGCGGCACAUGUACUCGCUGCUCGACGCCAAGGCGCCGCGCAACCCAAACUUCAACCCGGACGACGCCGUGCAGGCCAACAAGGUCUCGUGGGUCGGGCGGCUGCACCGGCUCAACGAGUCCGAGGUCGGCUUCGUCGACUGGCAGCACCGCUCGCGGCUGCAGGCGCUGCUCGGCGUCGACGAGAUGCUCGAGGACGUGCUGGCGCUGCUGGAGGACAAGGGCGUGCUCGACAACACCUACGUCAUCUACACGAGCGACAACGGCUUCCACUCGGGCACGCACCGCCAGAUCGGCGGCAAGGGCCUGCCCUACAUCGAGGACACGACCGUGCCCAUGGUCAUCCGGGGGCCCGGGAUCAAGGCCGGCGCCGUGUCCAAGAUCCCGAGCACGCACAUCGACAUGGCGCCGACGUACCUCGAGAUCGCCGGCGUCAGGCCCGAGGACUACCCGCCCUUCUUUGACGGCCGCAGCCUGCUGAGCGAGUGGCACGGCAAGAAGUCGUCGGACUGCGGCCGCAACGGCACCGGCGCCGUCUCCAAGGAGAUCCUCAACGUCGAGUUCUGGGGCUCCAUCGACAACGCCGGCAAGCCCGACUUCCCGAGAGGGCAGCCGCAGAACUCGUACAAGACGAUCCGCAUCGUGGGCGAGAAGCAGGCCUGGCUGUUCUCGCGGUGGUGCGAGGGCAACGCCACGGAGCUGUACAACACCCUUGACGACCCCUACGAGCUCACCAACCUCGCCCUCAACCCGACCGCCGAGCACACGCGGCUCAUGCACCGGCUCAACGGCCUGCUGCUCGUGACCAAGUCCUGCGAGCGCGAGGUCUGCCGCCGGCCCUGGCCGACCCUGCAGCAGGAGGCCGGGCCGGGGGCCUCCUUCCGCAACCUCGACGAGGCCAUGGCGGCCCGGUACGACGGCUUCUUCGCCGCGCUGCCCCAGGUCGGGUUCCAGGAGUGCAUGUUCUACCAGUACGCGCCCAACGAGGUGCCCUUCUACCCGCCCGCGGCGCAGCUCGGCCUCGGCACGCAGUGGCGCGGCUCCAGCGACAACUACCCGACGCACGACACCAACGGGACCAAGGUGCCCGGCAACCCGGGCCGGAUGGGCACGGCGGCGCAGCGGCACGCGACGCUGGCCGACGUGCUCAAGAGCGCGAGGAACGUGACCAACGCCGAGAUCGGCAGCGUCGUCGAGUGCGUGGCGCCCAACUACUGCCCCGGCGGGGGCGACUGA